UCACCAGCGAUCUUAUAAACGAUUACUAUGAGUCACAAGCCAGUUAACCAAUACGCUUCGAGAUUGUUUUUAUUGAAUAAGAGUUGAAGCAGACGACAACUGGUAGUCGGUCGGUGGCGGAAGAACGAGACGUAGCACAAUGGUCAUCAGGAGCGAAUCCAGCCAGUGCAUGGGCUACUACGUCCAGCAGAGGCCAUGGACACCAACUAAGAGAAGGGGCCCUAUAGCCGCAGAGUACACUACCCCAGGACCUGCAGCAGUAGCUUUGCCUUCUACCAUUGGUGUUGCUAAGAAUGACACUACAAGAGCCAGGUCUCCUGCAUUUUCCUUUGGAGGAAAACAUGAAGAAAAACAAAACUUCUUGACUCCUGGACCAGGUACUUAUCAAGUAGAUGGUGUAUGUAGAACAGGAAAAGAAACUUCUCCAGCAAUGACAAUUUCUGGAAGACACAAAGAACCGGAACCAUUUCAAACUCCUGCUCCUGGCUCAUACAAUGUCAAUGGAGUAUGCAGAACAGGAAAAGAAACUGUACCUGCUCCAACCAUUUCUGGACGUCAUAAGGAACCGGAACAGUUUCAAACUCCUGCUCCUGGCUCAUACAAUGUCGAUGGAAUAUGCAGAACGGGAAAAGAAACAGCACCUGCUCCAACCAUUUCUGGACGUCAUAAGGAACCAGAACAGUUUCAAACUCCUGCUCCUGGCUCAUAUAAUGUUGAUGGAGUAUGCCGAACUGGAAAGGAAUCUGUGCCUGCUCCCACUAUUUCUGGAAGACAUAAGGAACCAGAAGCAUUCCAGACACCUGCACCAGGUUCAUACAAUAUAGAAGGAUUGUCUAGAACAGGAAAAGAAACAAUACCAGCACCUACCAUCUCUGGAAGGAACAAGGAACCUGAACCUUUUCAAACACCUGCACCAGGUUCAUAUAACAUCGAAGGAUUAUCUAGAACAGGAAAAGAAACAAUACCAGCACCAACCAUAUCUGGGAGGAACAAAGAACCUGAACCUUUCCAAACACCUGCACCAGGUUCAUAUAACAUCGAAGGAUUAUCCAGAACAGGAAAAGAAACAAUACCAGCACCAACUAUAUCUGGGAGGAACAAGGAACCUGAACCUUUUCAAACACCUGCACCAGGUUCCUACAAUAUUGAAGGGUUAUCUAGAACUGGAAAGGAAACUAUACCUGCUCCAACCAUUUCUGGAAGAAAUAAAGAACCGGAAGCAUUCCAAACUCCUGCACCAGGCUCCUAUAGUCCAGAAAAAUGUGAUAAAGUGCUCAAUUCAUCACCAAGAUAUUCUUUUGGAUUAAAAGGAAAAGAUGCUAAAAGUGAUGAAACACCAGCUCCCAACUCAUAUAAAAUACGCUCUUCAUUGGGAUCAAAAGAUAGUACUCACAUGCAAUCACCUAGCUACUCAAUGUGUGGAAAAGCAAAUGGGUUGUGGGAUGAACGUAAAAAUAUGCCUGGUCCUGGAACUUAUUCUAUACCUGAACCCGAAAAAUAUAAAUCUAAAUCUCCAAGCUAUUCUCUCAGCGUACGAACAAACAUUCCUUCUGAUCACACAAAGAAACCAGGUCCUGGAGCACACUCACCAGAAAAAGUGUGGAUCACCAAACAAACCUCGCCUUGUUAUAGCUUUGGAAUUAAACAUAGUCCAUAUACUGCUCCUAUUCUUGACCCUUCAAUGUUUCAGCGACAGUGAUGAAGCAUGGACCAGCUUAUACUUUUGGAGUUCGCCAUUCUCCACACGCCAGCAAUGUAGACAAAUCUCCUUAAGGAACAAAAUUAUUCCCAAGAAAUCCCAUUGAUUUCCUAGGUACUUAAUAGAACAAAUAAUACUUAUAAAGCUUCUUUAUAAAUUUUAUAUUUUUGUAAGAUAUUGCAAUAAUAUUCAUAUUGUGCUUCAUAAAACCUGAAAGUGCCAGGAGCUGUACUAAUAAUCAUGGGAUAAACUGCACUGCCAUAGAAAAAACAAAACUUUUUUUUAUUAUGUAGCUUUUUUUGAGUUCCUGUUAUGAAAUGAUUAAAUUUGAUUAUAUACAAGCCUUGAUUAUCUUUAGACUCGUUGAAUGUUUUAAACAUUUAUAGAGAUUAUAAAUUGGCAAAUUUCUGGAAAAAAGCAAUAACAAUUGACAUGAUGUUCCUUAAUUCCAAAAUAUUUUAUAACUGUUUUAUUUUUAAAUUUUUUAUUUAAAAGCUUUCACUUGUCAUCAGAUAAUCAAGGUUCAUUAUAAAUGCAAUUCUCAAUCAUUUCAUCAGUACAUUUUAUGUGAUAUAAAAAAACUAACCCGGUGACAGGAUAUGUAGAACAAAUUAGAAAGUUUGUGAUAAAAUAUAGUUUUGUAAAAAGU